AGGUACUCACCAACCAAAAAUGGGAUUCGGAUUCUGUAGCAACCCUACGGCUACGGAGCAGGGCAAUUUCUCCGCAAAACAGUGUUGCAGAGAGAGAGAGGGGCAGAAAAACUCUCCGAGCUCAAGGACCCUGAAUUUGAUUUUCAGAAGAAACUCGGGAAGACAAAAGUAAAUGGGUGAAUCUGGUUCUGAUCCCGAUUCCGAGACUCGGAAAAUCCGAAACAUAUGCAUACUGGCACACGUUGAUCACGGCAAAACAACACUUGCCGACCAUUUGAUCGCUGCUUCGGGUGGCGGCGUGCUCCACCCUAAGCUAGCGGGCCGCCUGCGUUUUAUGGACUAUCUAGACGAGGAACAAAGGCGUGCCAUCACUAUGAAGAGCUCCUCCAUUGCUCUUCACUACAAGAACCAUUCUAUUAACCUUAUAGACUCCCCCGGCCAUAUGGACUUCUGUAGUGAGGUGUCCACUGCCGCUAGACUAAGUGAUGGAGCCUUGAUAUUGGUCGACGCUGUCGAGGGCGUCCAUAUUCAAACCCAUGCUGUUUUGAGGCAAUGCUGGAUAGAGAAGCUAUCGCCAUGUUUGGUACUUAACAAGAUUGAUAGAUUGAUUUUUGAGUUGAGGUUGAGUCCAAUGGAGGCCUAUACCCGGUUGUCAAGGAUUGUUCAUGAGGUUAAUGGGAUUGUUAGCGGGUAUAAGUCGGAGAAGUAUUUGUCUGAUGUUGAUGCGGUGCUUGCAGGGCAGUCAGGGGACACGGGUGAUGAGGAGAGUAGUGAGUUUGUGGAGGAUGAUGAGGAGGAUACGUUUCAACCCCAGAAGGGGAAUGUAGCUUUUGUAUGUGCCUUGGAUGGGUGGGGUUUUGGAAUUCAUGAGUUUGCUGAGUUCUAUGCUUCAAAGCUUGGGGCAAGUGCUGCUGCAUUGCAGAAAGCUUUGUGGGGUCCUCGGUAUUUCAAUCCGAAGACAAAGAUGAUUUUGGGAAAGAAGGCAAUUGGUGGAGGAAAUAAGGCAAGGCCUAUGUUUGUUCAGUUUGUGCUUGAACCGCUUUGGCAGGUUUACCAGGCGGCUUUGGAUGCUGAUGGGGACAAAGCGAUGCUGGAGAAAGUGAUCAAGUCAUUUAAUUUGUCUGUGCCGGCUCGUGACCUUCAGAACAAGGAUCAAAAGGUUGUGCUUCAAUCUGUUAUGAGCCGUUGGCUUCCUCUGUCUGAUGCAAUAUUAUCUAUGGUGAUUAAGUGUAUGCCAGACCCUAUUGCAGCACAGUCAUUUCGUAUUUCACGUUUGCUGCCUAAGAGAGAGCUCCUCGAUGAUCAGGUUGAUUCCAUUGUGCUUGCAGAGGCUGAACUGGUAAGAAAAUCCAUCGAGGCUUGUGAUUCGAGGCAUGAAGCUCCUUGUGUCACUUUUGUUUCCAAGAUGUUUGCUGUUCCAUUGAAAAUGCUCCCAAGGGAUUCACAUGGAAUGAUUAUAUAUGGUCCAGGUGAAGAAAGCGGAGAGGGGGAGUCAAGUGAGUGUUUCCUUGCAUUUGCUAGGGUCUUCAGUGGAGUCCUUUAUUUGGGACAGAGGGUUUUUGUGCUUUCGGCUUUAUAUGAUCCAUUAAAAGGGGAAUCAAUGCAGAAGCAUGUGCAGGAGGCUGAGUUGCAAUCCUUGUAUCUAAUGAUGGGUCAAGGCUUAAAACCAGUGGCUUCUGUGAAGGCAGGGAAUGUUGUGGCAAUUCGAGGCCUUGGUCAGCACAUACUGAAAAGUGCAACUCUGUCAUCCACAAAGAACUGCUGGCCUUUCUCAAGUAUGAUAUUCCAGGUUGCACCAACUCUCAGAGUUGCAAUUGAACCGUCUGAUCCAGCAGAUAUUGGUGCAGUUUUGAAAGGUUUAAAGCUUCUGAAUCGGGCAGACCCAUUUGUAGAGGUUACUUUUUCUGCUAGGGGCGAGCAUGUACUGGCUGCUGCAGGAGAAGUUCAUCUGGAAAGAUGCAUAAAGGAUUUGAAAGAGAGGUUUGCGAAAGUAAGCUUGGAAGUCUCUCCACCUCUUGUGUCCUACAAAGAGACCAUCGAGGGAGAGGUGACGCACAUGCCAGAGAAUUUGAAAUCUUUCAAUGGGGGAUUGGAGUAUGUUGAGAAGACAACACCAAAUGGUAGAUGUGUAGUUCGGGUGCAUAUCAUGAAGCUUCCACCUGCUUUAACUAAGGUGCUUGAUGAAAGUUCGGAUUUGCUUGCAAAUAUUGUUGGAUCUAAGUCUGGGCAAACCAACAAAAGUUUGGAAACUCUGAGACCAAGCAUUGUAGAAGAUGAGAAUCCAAUUGAAGUGCUUAAGAAACGCAUAAUGGAUGCGGUGGAUAAAGAUAUUUUGUCAAUGACUGAGAUUGACAAGGAACGGGCUGACAAAAGUAGAGCGAAGUGGCUAAAGCUUCUCAGGAGAAUUUGGGCACUCGGGCCUAGGCAUAUUGGUCCAAAUUUCCUUUUUGUCCCAGAUUUCAAAAGAAAGGGUGCCGACAACUCUGUUCUUAUACAUGGUUCCUCCUAUGUAUCAGAGAGAUUGGGCUUCGUGGGUGAUUCUAUUGAUGGUGGCCCAGCUGCUGAGACAUCUUCAGAAGCAACUCAAGUAUUAUCAAUGGAAGCAGAGCGUCUUGAGAGUAGUGUUGUAUCUGGGUUUCAACUUGCUACAGCAGCCGGACCCUUAUGUGAUGAACCCAUGUGGGGUUUGGCAUUUGUUGUUGAGGCUUACAUUUCACCAUUUUGUGGGCAGGCCGAUGAGUCUGAAACUUCUCACCAACAACCUGAGCAGCAUGGCAUCUUCACAGGGCAGGUUAUUGCAGCUGUCAAAGAUGCUUGUAGGGCGGCUGUGCUUCAGAAGAAGCCAAGACUCGUGGAAGCCAUGUACUUUUGUGAGUUGAACACCCCUCCCGAACAUUUAGGUCCCAUGUAUGCAGUGCUUGGUCGAAGACGGGCCCGGGUGAGCAAGGAAAUAAUGCAGGAAGGUUCACCACUGUUCACUGUGCAUGCAUAUGUGCCAGUUUCUGAAAGCUUUGGCUUUGCAGAUGAGCUUAGAAGAUGGACUUCUGGAGCUGCUAGUGCUCUUCUCGUGCUUAGUCACUGGGAAGCACUUCCUGAGGAUCCUUUCUUUAUACCCAAAACAGAGGAGGAAAUUGAAGAGUUUGGAGAUGGGUCUAGUGUGCCUCCAAAUACAGCCAGGAAGCUCAUCGAUGCUGUGAGACGACGGAAAGGCCUUCCUGUGGAGGAUAAAGUAGUCCAGCAUGCAACAAAGCAGAGGACCUUGGCUCGUAAAGUGUAGAAUGUGUUGUAUUAUUAGCUCUUAUGAAAACUAACUCCAUUCAUCACAUCAUAUUUAUAAAUGGAAAAAAAAAAAAAAAAAGGUCUGUUUUUGUCAUUGGCCAUAAGAAAUAUCUAAGGCAGUCAGUACUCACGAUUGAUCGGGGGGAAAAUAUAGACUCUAAGCUUAAAAUCAAGUUUCUGCUUGAGUUUGAUCUACUCUUUUUCUGUCAAAUGUUGCAUCUCAUGAUAAAUAUUUCCUGAGAAAUUUCACAUCAACCGGUUUUUCAUUUCACACCCCACACCUUACGUUUAGUAACAAGUGAACCGUUCACCUCUUUCGCCUGAACAUUCCUCUUUUCCAUUCAAAAUCGUUGCCCUCUUUUCUAUACGAAAACCCUCGAAUUGCCGCCAGAUUCUACAAUCGUCGCCCUUUUCCUCACGAAAUCGUCUCCUUCCUCUUCUCCAUACGAAAUAUUUGCAAAUCGUGGCCCUCUUCUCCAAUCGUUGCCAAGCUUCUUCCCGAAA